AUUAGAUUAGGGUUUACAGUUUACUACUCCUUCAUUUCUCACCAAAACGGUUGAUAUAUAACCUUACGAAAACCCUAAUUUCAGUCUUCUUCCAAUUCCGCAGCUUAAACCUUUCAGUGGAAGAGAGUUCGAGCUCGGCGAAAAUGGUUCAAUACAGGUUUCAUCAAUACCAAGUUGUUGGUAGAGCUCUUCCAACUGAGACAGAUGUCACACCAAAGAUCUACAGGAUGAAGCUUUGGGCUACCAAUGAAGUCCGUGCUAAGUCCAAAUUCUGGUACUUUUUGAGGAAGCUGAAGAAGGUUAAGAAGAGUGUUGGUCAGGUUCUCGCCAUCAACGAGAUUUACGAGAAGGAUCCUACUGUGAUCAAGAACUACGGCAUCUGGCUCCGUUACCAAAGCAGGACCGGUUACCACAACAUGUACAAGGAGUACCGUGACACAACCUUGAACGGUGGAGUUGAACAGAUGUACUGUGAGAUGGCAUCUCGUCACAGGGUGAGGGCACCUUGCAUUCAAAUCAUCAAGACCGCUACCGUACCUGAUGAGCUUUGCAAGAGGGAAAGCACCAAACAGUUCCACAGCAGUGACAUCAAGUUCCCAAUGACCUUCAAGAAGAUCAGGCCUCCAAGCAGGAAGCUCAAGACAACAUACAAGGCCUCAAAGCCUAACUUGUUCAUGUAAGGACAAAUCUCUUAAGCAGGGUGUUAUAGUCAGUGGCCAAAAUUUUGUCUUUCAGAACACAAUUUGAAUUAGUAUGAGUGACUUUGGUUAUUUCAUAGUUUGUCGCAGACAAGUACCGAGUUUCUUGAAUGUCUAUUGUUUUCUUAAUCAUCUUAAAGAUCGUUUUUGGGUGGA